AUGGCCUUUAAUUUCAUGUCAUACUAGCUAGCAAGUGUACAUUUCUAAGAAAAUGUCCAUAGUUGCAGAAGCACCGGGUUACAUCCAAGUUUUUUCUGAUGGCUCAGUGAAGCGAUUCGAGCUAGAAAUAGCUACUGCAUCAAUUGAACCUUGCAAUGGCUAUAAGUCUAAGGAUGUCGUCAUUGACCCCUUGAAACCAAUAAUUGGUAGAAUGUACCUUCCUGAAUCAGGAGUUCACCAGCAGUUUCCUCUUCUUGUCUACUUCCAUGGCGGUGGAUUUUGCAUCGGCUCAACUACAUGGCUAGGUUACCAUAUUUUCCUUGGAGAUUUAAGUGUUUCUUCCAAAUCCAUCAUCCUUUCAGUAGACUAUCGUCUUGCACCAGAAUAUAGACUUCCUACAGCUUAUGAAGAUUGCUAUUCUGCAUUGGAAUGGCUGAUCAACAACUUUGAAAUUGAACCAUGGCUGGAAAGGGCUGAUCUUUCUCAGCUUUUUCUCUCCGGGGACAGUGCUGGAGGCAACAUAGUUCAUCAGGUUGCUAUCCAGGCAAUUACAAGUGAAGUUUUUCGUGGUAGACUAAAGGGGUUACUGCCAAUUCAUCCCUAUUUCGGGAGUGAAAAGAGGACUGAAUUAGAGAUGGAUAAAGGAUCAGCAGAGGGCGUGGAGAUGAACGACAUGUUUUGGAGACUGAGCUUGCCUCAAGGAUCAAAUCGUGAUUAUUUUGGAUGUAAUUUUGAGAAUGCUCAGCUAUCUAUGGCUGAAUGGUCUCAGUUUCCAGCAGCGAUUGUUUUUGUUGCAGGCAUGGACUUGUUGAAAGAAAGGGGAGUCACGUAUGCUGAAUUCUUGAAGAAGAAAGGUGUGAAAAGUGUGAAGGUAGUUGAGGCUGAGGGACAGGUUCAUGUUUAUCAUGUAUUUCAUCCUGAGUCAGAGGCUACUCGUUCGCUUCAGAAGCAAAUGAGUAAUUUCAUAAAUAGUUUUACGAAAUGAGUUGAUUGAUGAAAAAUGAAUUUAGGUCAAUCCUUUACUUUUCUGACAGGAGAAACUUCAUAGGCUACACAAUAAUUGUCUACCUAAAGCUAUUUUUCUUCUACUACCAAUCCCGUAUUCACUCA